AUGGUACCAGUGGUACAUCUUAUGACUUUAGUAACACAUCAAACCCCAGACGGAUGUGAUGGUACUGCUUAUCAGUUUGAUAAUUCAUCAAACAUAAUUACAUCGUGUUCGUGCAAAAGUGAUGUUGCUUUUCCUAUAGUUAAGAGAGGGCUAGAUGAGCUCAGAAGCAGAAAUACCUCGCUUCUUAGUGUCGUAAAGAGGUGGUCGUAUAUUAGGGUGGAGUACAAUGUGAACUUCACUGCCUGUUCCGUGUGUGAGAAAUCUGGCGGCAGAUGCGGAUCAGCAGAGGAUCAGUUCAUUUGUUUUUGCCGAGAAGGGCCACAUCCAUUAGGACGUUCUAAAUCAGCUGCAGCUGCUUCAUUACUAGGGACAAUGAUGUUGGUUGCUUUGAUCAUCUUUGCAAUUAAAAGAUGGAAAACCAGUAUUGAGCCACAUAAUAUUCUACUUGAUGAAGAAUUUCACCCAAAGAUUUCUGACUUUGGCCUUGCUCGAUUGUGUCCACCAAAGAAAAGUAUGAUAUCAAUGUCAGAAGCAAAAGGGACAAUUGGGUACAUUGCUCCAGAAGUUUUUUGUAGAAAUUUUGGUGGCAUUUCCCAUAAAUCAGAUGUUUAUAGCUAUGGGAUGAUGCUCAUCGACCUAGUUUGUGGUAGGAAUAAUCCGACUAAUGAAGUUCAGUACAGCAGUGAACUAUACUUUCCCGAAUGGAUAUACAAUCAACUUGAGCCUAUGGAGAAAGCUGCUGUUGAUGAGGUUAUGGGCGAUGGCAAAAAAGUGUUAGAGAGGAAAAUGAUUUUGGUGAGCUUAUGGUGCAUACGGCCAUAUCCCUCGAACAGGCCGCCUAUGAACACAUUCGUAGAAAUGUUGGAAGGGCCAUUUGAGUCACUACAAAUGCCACCUAAGCCACAUUCACCUCCGCAUUCAGAAUUUGUGUUUGAUGCCUCGCUAAUGAGCACAACAUAA